CACCCACACAUCACAUCAACAUGGCAUAGCUUAUCCUUAAAUCCCAAUUCUAAUUCUCUUCUUCAUUUCCUUUCCCCAAACAAACAUGGCUCUUCUCUCUUUCAAUUCCUUCACACUCUCCCCUCUCCAUUCACCAUUACUCCCCUCUUCUUCCACUUUUGCUCUUCCCACCACCUCUGCUUCAAGAGCAAACGUGAUUCUGCCCCCGAAGCCCUUGAAUGGAGUUCGAAUCUCGACACCCAAAAGGAGGACUGAGUCGGUGAUUGUCUCCGCCGCCGCGGAGGACGCGAGUUCGGCUGUGGAGGGUGGGUCGCCGCCGCCUCCUCCGGCGGAGAGCGAGAAAGAGAGCGGCGCCUCCGUGGAGAAGCUUCCGUUGGAGUCGAAGGUGAAGGAGAGAGAGGAGCAAAAGCUGAGGAUGAAGCUGGCGAAGAAGAUAAGGUUGAGGCGGAAAAGGCUUCUUCGGAAACGCAAGUUGAGAAAGAAGGGUAGAUGGCCACCUUCUAAGAUGAAGAAGUUGAAGAAUGUAUGAUUGUCAAUUUCAAUGUGCUUUUUUUUUUUGCAGGUUUAUUUAAGCUUCAUUGUUCAUUUUCUCAUUUUAUUUUCAAAUUAAUGUGUAUUGUGUAUUGUGUAUUUUGAUAAUUUCCUUAAUUUUCGAUCAAGGAUGCUGUCCCCAAUUUGGUGAAUAAGGGUUUUGAUUUGGAAUCCAUGUUAACAUGAUUGCCAUAUCACCAAAAUGGAUGGAACUUAAUAUGAACACAAAAUGGAUGAUCAAAUGCCCCCUUUAUGAAAUCCCUGGUGUUUUAGAU